AUGGGUAACGGCCAUAUUGUGCUCACUCACGAUGUCGAGGUUAUCGAAAUGAAAAACGUGGGCGUUGGUACUUCGUGGGAUGUCUCAACCAAACCUCCGGAGGAGCCUGCCAGUUGGUUCGAAGGCUUCCAGCGUGCCAAGCGUCGACGUGACAAGACCUAUGACCACGGGUACCAUCCCAAUCCGAAACCUGUCGCAGAACUCGGACAGUAUGAUAUCGUAGCGGCCAACGCCAAAACAGUAACAACGCCUCUGGCAAGAGAGCUCAAGGGAAGACAUCUUCAGAUGAUUGCAUUUGGAGGCUCGAUUGGCAACUACUUUUUACAAUGGCUAUUUGUUCUGCCCCUCGAAAUAAUUGCCGCCGUGCUUACCAUCACCUACUGGAACGACUCUAUACCCAAGGCCGUCUUCGUGACUAUUUUUCUUGUUCUCAUCAUCGGUAUCAAUCUUUCUAAUAUCAGGAUCUACGGCGAGGCAGAGUUCAUAUUUUCUAUCAUCAAGGUCAUUGCAGUCGUUGGCUUCAUUCUGCUGGGCAUCGUUAUUCAUAUAGGCGGCCCGCCAAAGAGCGGCUAUAUUGGCGGACAAUAUUGGUCACACCCAGGUCCUUUCAACAACGGUUUCAAGGGCUUCAGCAGUGCAAUAAUCACGGCAGUCUUCUCCUAUGGUGGUACCGAAAUCGUCGGGCUUGCCGCGGCCGAGACGCGUAGCCCACUCAAGUCGAUUCCCAAUGCCAUCAAGCAUAUCUUCUGGCGCAUUGCCAUCUUUUAUCUCGUCACUAUUCUACUUGUCGGACUACUUGUACCCUCCGACAAUUCAUCUCUUAUCAGUGGCAAGAGUUCUGCAGAUGCAUCCGCUAGUGCCUUCGUUAUCGCCAUCGAGAGCGCUGGCACGACCAUUCUACCAAGCGUCAUGAACAGUGUUAUCCUUAUCGCAGUGCUCUCCGUCGGUAACUCAGCAAUUUAUGCGUCUUCUCGCACGCUUGCAGCUAUGGCAGAGCUUUCACAUGCACCUCGUGUUUUCACGUAUGUCGAUAAGAAAGGUCGACCACUUCUCACGCUCUUGAUCGCAGGGUGUUUCGGUCUUCUAGCCUAUUUGGUUAACUUGGAAGCACACGAUACGAUUUUCCAAUGGCUGCUCUCCAUCAACCCGUCGAUCGCCUUCCAUUUCGUUCAGCCUUUGGUAUUGUAG